GGGGGGUGUUGGACAGACAUGUCACAGUGUAAACACCAGCUCUCCCUGUACUCUCUCCCUGAUACCACCUCAGCGGUUUUUUUGGUUUGUUUUUUUUUUGUUUGUUUUAUUAGCUUUUGUUAGAAAACAGCUUGACAUAUGGUUCUAAAGUGCACUGCUCCCUCGCUUGGUGGGUCGACCAGCGACUGCAUUAGAUUGGAUUAGAUUUAACUUUAUUGUCACUGUGCAGAGUACAGGUACAAAGCCGAUGAAAUGCAGGUAGCACCUAACCCGUGGUGUAAUGGUAUUAUUUACAGAUAAGUGCAGGUUGGCCUAUAAGUGAGUACAGCAUUAGUGAUGCCACGUCCUAUCAGUGUUACUGACAAUGGAGAGGAGCGUAUAUGCAGAUUAUUAUUCAGGCUAUGUGUAAUGCAUUAAAUAUGCCGUAUAUGCUACAUAGAGGUGAAGUGGACAGAGUUGUAGGUACGGGUUGUAUUUAGGUGAAGACAAAAUAUGUACAGUUGGUUGUGUACAUCCUAACAGAGCAUGAGUUGUUCAGCCUGUGAGCAAUGAGCAAUGCAAAUAUAAAAGCACCAAGACUGUGUAGUAAUGAGUCCAGUAAUGGGUCACACAGUCAAGAAGCUCUUCUUGAGCCUGCUGGUGCGCGAGCGGAGCCUCCGGAUGGGAGGAGAGUAGAAAGUCCACGGUCAGGGCGGGUGCAUCAUUUCUCAUGCUUCUUGCCCUGCCCAGGCAGCAUUUACGGUAAAUGUUAAGGACUAUUCUUGCUUUUGCCCCCAGUGUCUGAAGACCUCAGGAAAUUUGCAUUUCCUCUGAUGACCUCUUGGCCAUGCUACAAACCUCACAAACUCUUAAAAACGUUCUAACAGUUUGGAUGUAGACGCGUGCGCCUGCAGCAGCAAGUGGGCUGAGACUUGACAACAUCGACCUGUCUGAUCGGAUGCCCCGAUGAGAGAUCCAGUUGACACAGCGGCUGCCAUGGCUUACCAUCCUUUCCAAGCUCAUCGACCGGAUGCCUUGCCCCUGUCAGCCCUCCUGACCGCCGCACAGCCCUCGUUUUUCCCCGCGCUGGCUUUCCCGGACGUCUCCUCCCUCUCCGAGCCUGUGUCCGGGCAGGCUGCGUCUGACGCGGGGCUGCGCGCUGCUCUGCGACGCCAGCAUCCGCCAGUCCCGCAGACAGAAGCGGAACUGGAUGAUGACCCGAAAGUCACUCUGGAAUCAAAGAAUUUGUGGAAUGAAUUUCACAAAAUGGGAACUGAGAUGGUGAUUACAAAAUCUGGGAGGAGGAUGUUUCCGCCUUUCAAAGUGAGGGUUGACGGGCUGGAUGAAACGGCGAAGUAUAUCCUGCUGAUGGACAUUGUGGCCGUUGAUGACUGCCGCUACAAGUUUCAUAACUCCCGCUGGAUGGUGGCUGGCAAAGCUGACCCGGAGAUGCCAAAGCGCAUGUACAUCCACCCGGACAGCCCGUCCAAAGGGGAGCAGUGGAUGAGCAAGCCCGUUGCUUUUCAUAAACUCAAACUCACCAACAACAUUUCGGAUAAGCACGGAUUUACAAUUCUGAAUUCAAUGCAUAAGUACCAACCCAGAUUCCACAUCGUGAGAGCUAACGACAUAAUGAAGCUACCGUACAGCACCUUCCGGACUUACGUGUUCCCGGAGACUGAGUUCAUCGCUGUCACUGCCUAUCAGAAUGAAAAGAUUACACAGCUAAAAAUCGAUAACAAUCCGUUUGCCAAAGGAUUCAGAGACACUGGGAAUGGUAGAAGAGAGAAGAGGAAUAAACAGUUAAACGUUUCUUUGCUGCAUGAGAACCAAAGCAAAGCUGACCGUGACAGUGCUGAUUCUGAUGACUCCUGUGAACAACCCAGUACCAGUGAUCCCUUUUGUUCCCCUCUGGAGCUGGUGAGCAGCCCUCUGAUGUCCACUCCAACCUGUCAAGAUGAGAACAACACUGGAAGUGAUUCAGAUGUUGAUCUACAACAUGAGGACAUUUCUGAAGCCAGCUGUUCCAGGGCUGAACAUACAUCAACUUGGAGUCUGAAAAGCGAGGAGAUGCUGCGGAGCAGGUCUGCUGUCUGUAAGAGUAACGACAGUCAGGACACAACUAAAGAGAGAACAGUUUUUAGAACGUCAGAUGAUAUGUACUCCACGGAGACGGACUUUCCAAAAAAGCACACGAGUGAAACCAAAGACGGGGUCGUGCCAUUAAUGUUGCAAAUGCAGAGUUCAUCCUCCCUCAGCGCUGCUCACCUUCAGACUUUGGAUUUCUCAAGUGCACAUAGCCAACAGUUUCUUAAGCUUGGGGCACCUUUGUUAUUUCACCCUGGACAGUUGUCAGUGAAGCCAGAGGCUUUUCCCUCUGUGGGUAUGGGACAUCUAUUUUCCUCUUUGUCUGGAGUAAAUGAACUAGAGAACAGAGGCCUAUCUCCUCAAAGCAUCACCUCUCCAUCUCCCUUCAUGUUUCACCUGUCACAGCAGAUGCUGGCAUCUCAGGGAAUCUCACUGUCACCCUUCGGAGGAUUGUUGUCAUAUCCAUACCGCUACAUGGCAGCACCAGCUGCAAUUGCUCCAGCUCUCCCCACUUGUUCUGCGACCUCGUCGCUCACCAACAACCACCAUUUCCGAAGCUCACGACCUUGGUUGCGAUUCAACCCUUAUCAGAUCCCCACCUCUGUCACCUCAUGCCAAAGCCUGCUCACAACCAGGUCAAAUGCUUCAAACUCACGGUCUGAGCUGUCCAAAUCUGGCAGCAGGGAGUCAAGCCCAGUGUAUGACGAUCACAGCUACAAAACCAAGGCCACGCAGAAGACUGUUCCACAUAAAGCCACUGUCAAAAGUUCCAAUGCAAAACAUAUAUAAUCCAUAUAUAUAUAUAUAAAAUUAGAGGACUUGAUAAACCACAUACUCCACAAUAAACUCUCAAGUUGUUUUUCAUUCUACGUGCAAUGGAUACUGGAUGAUGGACCUAGAUGAAAUAACAUUCCACUGACGAUAAACCACACACAGACGAGUGUAUGAAACUGCACAUUAUAAUGACCUAAAUUGUCAGUACAGUAUGUGUUGCUGCUAUCUAACCUCGUAUUACAUCAUCAACAAAACUUAUCUUAUCUGGUGAUUUGCAGGUCAAAAGACACAAGGCAGAAUUAUAUUUCCAUGUGAAAGGUCUUAACUUUUCCUAGCUUUUGAAACAAUGGUUAUAUGUGAGCAAGAUGUCUAAAAAACAUUCAUUUAUUCAACUAAAUUUAGUGCACCUGUCAUACGGACAUCAGGAUUUCCUUUGAUUUGCAGAAACUCUAAUUAGUGCUUACUGGAUGCUCCAUAUAAAUUAAAAUCAAUUAAAAAGAAAGAUGCUCAUUGGGAGUUAUUUAGAGACAAUGAGCUCUGCGAAACUCAGUUCCCCCAAAUGGAAUACUCUACAGACCAAGAAUAAUGUGCUUUAAUUAUGAAUAAAACACAUUUUUAUUGCGUCAUUCUGUACCAUUGUGUAAAUAUUUUGUUCUUGUCCUUUUAGUUUUCACAUACUGUAUAAAACAUGACUGAUGAAAGCCUUUUGUGACUGAACACUGUAACUUGUCACUGUUAACCCUGCUUAUGAGAUAUGAGGAACUUGUAUACCACCUAUUCACAGUUUCACAUUCUGUUGAUGUACCAAAGCUGCACCUUGGAUUUAGAGGGAAAACUCAGGUUUCUUUCUUUUUACCAGCACUUAAGAAAAAUGUCUUAAGUAAAGGUAAUCUGGCAGGUUGUCUGCCAAAUUGUAUUUUGUGUGUGCGUGUCUGUGUGUGUCUGUGUGCGCGCGUUUGCAUAUUGGUGUGGCUGUUUUUUUCACAAUUUAAAUAAAAAUACUGUUCACAUUUAA